UGGGAUCAAACACAAACUUGUCAAACCAUGGCUUCAAAGAUCAUUCUCUUCGCUGUGCUUAUGUCUGAGGUCGGCCUGACCCAGGCUCUGACUAGAUCUGAGGAGUGUAGCCUGUGUUUCUAUGUAGACAACUUCAAAGCCGAGAACGCCAGACUACUCAAUCUACUGGAGAACAUGGCCCUUGAUUUGGAUCACAAUUUGUUUGCUUAUCUCCCCGUCAAUAUGAGUAUUGAUUCUGAAGAGCUCUACCAGAAUUUGAAUCUUUACCACCUGACCUUCCUUGCAUUAGAGAACGAUGUUUCGACCUACGAACAAACCCCAAGCUACGCGGAAGAGAUGAAAAUCGCGGAAACGCGAACCUUCCACGCGGAUUUCAAAAACAAGUCCAGAAGCGUUGCCAUGGAGAUCUCCAGCCUGCUGCAAGUACGCCCAGAAAACGUCACGUUGAACACGUCACUUCCGGAUCGCGUCACGCCAAGCGUUACGAGCCUGAGCGUCGUGUACGGGGAGAGCUGGUUCGUCAGCGAGCGUUUCGACUCGCUGCUGCAGACUCUGCUCGACUCUUGUGCAGUCUGUGACGCCGGGAUGCGUCAAAGACGCGGAGGGGGCAGCAAAAAGAAAACGAAAAAGGGGAAAAAGAACAACAAAAAGAACAACAAAAAGAACAACAAAAAGAACAACAAAAAGAACGAUAAGAAGAACGGCAAAAAGGAUAAAGGCCAGAAGAAAGGUAAAGGGCAGAAGAAGGGACAGAAAAAGGGCAUGGGAAAAGGUGGGAAAAACAAGUCUGUCUAA